CCGCAUCCACCUAAUCUACAUAUCCCACCCCGCGUCUUACACCCGUUGAUGCUUCUCCCACGGGGGGACCUACCGUUGGCAUACAUAGACUUUGCAGCUUCGAAUGGCGACCUCCCCCAGUCUCGGUUUUACGAAUCGUACAUCCACGUCCUUGAUCUCGAAAGCCGGCUGGGCCCUGCGCCUGUUGUGCUCAUUGCGCGGAACGAAUUGAGGGGCACGACUUAUGCGCUCGAGCGACAGUCCAACGGGCUCUAUGUGAUUUGCAAGUUGGGAUCAUGGGCAGAUCUGGAAGGCUUGGCGCAAAAGGCCACAGCUGUUAGAUAUGAGCUACUCUAUCCGGUGAAGAGCGAGCGAGCUGAGCAUCAUGGCGUUGAUGCACUUACGACGCCUCAGCUGCAUGUCGAACAAAAGAAGAAGAGGGCCGCAAUCGAAGCCAUCCAGUCUCAAAUGAGGAAACGUGUGAGAUCCCAGUCUGUGUCGACCGUUGGGCACGUAACAAAGGAAGAGCAGCCACCGGAGCCCGAAACCUUUGUGGCACAGCAACCAUCGCCGGAUAUGAGUCUGGAGCAAGUCCCGCUGCCAACAUCUGAGGGAAAAAAUCAAGGCGCCGCUUCUAGCCAGGGUGCGGCAAUAGCAAGGGAAUUGGAGCCGCAACAGUCAGCGGACGGUAUCUUUGAAGGCAUCAGAACACAGUAUUUCGAUGCGCUGUACAAAUCCAUGGGAUCAUUAGCGUACUUUGCCAAAGGACCAUUGUCCAGAGCUCGGUCAACAUUCCACUUGGACUUGGAAUCAAACCUGGAUAUGAACGACCUUAUAGACUUCUUAAAAAGCCUCAUUCUUACAACAGUUCAGAUCGACAAAAAAUACCGCGAGUCAAUACCAGAAAUCAUCACCAAGCUUAAGGAUCGAAUUGAGAGCUCUGAUGAAGGCCGGAAACGGAAACGCAAACCGAAGAGAAUGAAGCUUGGUAAAAGUGGGCUGUAUCCGCUCGAAGAUGAGAGUGUUAUGCGAUGGUGGGCUGCAAACAAGCCAGAACCCAAUGAUGAUGCUCCCAUUACUCCGUCACAUAUCAAGUCUCUUGUUUCUAUCUUACGGACGAGAGAGACAAAGCUGCAAAUGAUUGUCGUCAUGGAGAUCCUUGCCCUAGAACCUCUAAAGGCUGCCGGCGACAUGGGCGAGGCCAGCUUGCCCACUUUACCUGGAGCUGCUGAUUCAGAGGAUCUGCUGGAAAACGCUCUACAGCCUCUUCCGAAGAAAAGAAAUAAACACAAUCUUCCGGUUCUACUGGAUGUCCAUGCCGAUCGUCUCACCAUUUGGCAGUCUACUGCAAGCGACGAGCAACUACUACUUGAAGAUAGUCCUUCUCUACAGACACCGCUGGACGGCAGCCUGGAAAAGAAGGCGUCCUCUGAACCCCUCAGAGACUUCUGCGUUGAUGUCAUUAUGCCCUUCUUUUCUGCACGUCUGCCUGACCUGUGCGACUCAAUUAACCGUAAACUUGGUGGCCCUGUGAUCAUAGCCCCCACAAAGGCUAGGUCCGUGAAGAAGCCUUCCAGCACGCGGGAUCAGAGACCAGGUGCUGCAGCAAAACGACCCCAGCCUCUGAACACCCGGAGGACCUUGCAGCGAGCCCUUUCCACGGAGCAGCAACAUCGAAGAAGCAUCUCAAGGGGUCCCAGCAACGCCAUUGCUCUUUUGAGAUCGGCCACCUCGACGACUCUCCCGACUAUCAAGCGAGAGAUCUUAGAUCCAUCUGGGCCAAUGUCGCUGCUCCCCACUGACUCGCAGAGGAGGGCCCAGUCUUUGUCCCGAAGUAGCAGCAUGAACAACUUGUUUGAUGCCAGAGCCAAUAAAAAGGCGGUGGUAGAUGCUGAGCUCAGGGAAGCUAUUUCAGCUUUGAGGAAGCCCAAUCGGGAGGUUGUGGGCAAAGCAAUGGCUGAGGCAGACGAGCGUAGAACGUCUGCCAGUCUUGCCGCUAAAACUUCAAGGAGCGCCCUAGCUUCAGCCGUUCAGGUCAAAGCUACACCAGCAAAUAACCGAUUCAAGAACGUGAUGCCUAUCAAGGCAGAGAGUCAGAAGGCCACAGAGAGCUUUGAUGAAAUAAUUCCUCCGUCGAGCGUGGGGCCGUUUGUUCCCUCCACAGGCAAGCGACCUGUGCUGAGGGAACUCUACAAUCGCAGCCCUUCUCCCGUGCUGGAUGCGAUAGGCGAUACCCCGAUCAAAACCUCGGCUAAGCCUAGCUUCAUACGUCGGCCGUUAAAUGAGCAGUCGGCGUAUCCCCCUUCUUCCCCGGUGGCACAGAGGAACACGGCA